CCGGAAGCUGUUUCACCAACACGGAUACUGACUCAUUCAACCACCUCUUUAGCCUGGUAGCCAGCAUACAAUCGAAAACAAGCUCUUUAGACCAUUUUUCUGUAUAUUGAUCUCGGUAUUUUUUAACACAAUACUCUUUACGUAACUACUAUUUAACGUAAAGUAAUUUGCUUGUUAAAUGUGUUGAUUAUACCGAGUCUAGCACUAAGCUUAUCGUUAAUGCUAGCUAGCUAACAUCUCUGACCAUGAGUUCACUAAGCUACUCUCCUCCUGUUAAAGAAGAGGAGGUCUGCUGGACGGAGAAAGAUGCUCUGGGGCUGAACAUUGUCCUGAAAGAAGAGAAAGAACAGUUUAGAGUGAAGGAGGAAGAGGAGGCUGUAACAUUGAACAAAGAAGAGGAUGAUCUUUUGGGAGAUGAAGGAAAGGAAGAGGAGACUGAAGAUCUGAUUAACACCAGAGAGAGACCAGACUCUCACUCUGACAGCGGGAAGAGUCCUUCAGGGGAACCAGAGCCAGAGACGCCCAAACCAGGGAGACAACACCACUGCUCCCAAUGUGAAAUGAGAUUCUCCCUCUCAGGGGACCUAAAACGGCAUGAGAAAAAACACAUAGGAGAAAAGCCUUUCCAAUGUUCCCAGUGUGGAAAGAGUUUUACCUGUUUAGGGAAUCUAAAUCGGCAUGAGAAGAUACACGCAGGGGAAAAGCCUUUCCAAUGUUCCCAGUGUGAAAAGAGUUUCGCCUGGUUAAGGAGCCUGAAGAAGCAUGAGAAGAUACACGCAGGGGAAAAGCCUUUCCAAUACCAAGGGACCAGCCAACCUUUUGAUACAGGAUGCAGUGGAGAGAGACCAGACUCCCACUCUAACAGCGGGAAGAGUCCUUCAGGGGAACCAGACCCAGUGACACCCAAACCAGCGAGACGACACCACUGCUCCUACUGUGGAAAAAGUUUUACCCGAUUACUACACCUGAAAUCACAUGAGAGAAUACAUACAGGAGAAAAGCCCAACCACUGUUCCCAGUGUGAAAAGAGUUUUAGGUGGUUAACGACUCUGAAACUCCAUGAGAGGACACACACACACGAAAAGCUCUACCGCUGCUCCCUGUGUGGAAUGAGUUUUACCAAGUUAGGGGCCCUGAAUGUGCAUGACAGGACACACAUAGGAGGGGAUAAGACCUACCGCUGCUCCCUGUGUGGACAGAGAUUUAACCGGUUAAGGCAUCUGAAUAAGCAUGAAAGAAUACAUAGACAGGAGGAGAAGACAUACCACUGCUCUCAGUGUGGAAAGACAUUUUCCCAGUCAGAGGACCUGAAAACACAUGAGAGAAUAGAGAGGCUGUGUUCUGACUUGUGUUUUUGACUCAGAAUUGAGUUUUUUUUUGUUUCUGCCAAAUGAAAUCAUUAUUGAAAUAGACUUACUUUUUUUGUCUUAGUUUUCAUCUGGAGACUGACAUGACUCUCCUGUGAGGAUCCAACGAUUUCUAACAUACUCUGUUACACGGAAUCAUGGCUCUCUCUCUCUCCAGAUAUACUGUUGCCAUGACUCCUGUGAGGAUCUGAGGAUCAGGUUACAGUGGAUCAGCGUCCAAUGGAGGGAGGGAUAUGGGGGUUUUAUGACACCUCACCAUCGAUUGUAUAUUGUAGGCAGCAGACUAUUACAGUGGAUCAGCCUUCAAUAGAGGGAGGGAUAUGGGGGUUUUAUGACACCUCACCGUUGAUUGGUAGGCAGCAGACUAUUACAGUGGAUCAGUGUCCAAUAGAGGGAGGGAUAUGGGGGUUUUAUGACCGUCACCGUCGAUUGUAUAUUGUAGGCAGCAGACUAUUCCUUUUGGGGACUAUUCCUUUUGGGGUCUAAUUUGGGCGACUGGAAUGUCUCUUUGUUACCGAGAGAUUCUUAGACGACCCAAAAAACUUCAACAUCAAACGAUGGACACUGGGACAAUAUAUUCCAACAUCCGAAUGUUGGGAACGAUGAGAGAUGGAAUAUGGAAAAUGUAAUGUCUAUUUUGUGAUGUCAUUAAAAUUGUUAGAAAUAGGUUUUAAUGAAAGCAUUAACUUCAAGAACUUUCGCACUAUGUAUAUCAAGGUUUACAUUUACAUUUAAGGUUUACAUUCUGUACGUUGUGUAGAAAAUAUCAAGGUUAAAGAGAAUGUUUUUGUGAUGAUUAGGAUUGUGAUUUUAGUACUCUAACGAGAUAGUAAUUCUGAUACCUUGCCUCAUAACUAGCCACGCCCCAGGGAGCCCGGAGAACGGGUCAGAGUGACGAAAAAGGCCUCCGUUUUACACGAGGGUAUAAAAACAUUGAGUUAAGAAUGAUCAUAUCAGACUAGGAGGACCACGAGCUGUCGCUGAGAUCUACGAUUAGUCACAUCCCCCCCUCCACCCACAGCGCAAAACACAACACAUUGAAGAAGACAACGGAACCUCUUAACAAUCAACCCACUCUUCCAGAAUGAGUGCAAAGUAAUCAGACAACUAAAAAAAGGACAUCGUGACAUUUUGUGGACAAAUCAGAGCCUUACACCUGAGAACGACCGGAGAAGGCCAGCCGAAAUAAGAAGGAACCUCCUCAUCAAGUGGGAACCCGGCCCACGAAGGGCCCAACAGAGAGAAGGCCCAACUAAACCCUCCUCAUCAAGCAGGAACCCGGCCCACGACGGGCCCAACAGUGAUACCCGACAGAGACCUCCAGCGCGUAAAUACAUGCGUUACUUCUUACCCAGAAUAGUGGCAGCUUGGGGCAAGAUAUUAAGGGCUAUACUGUGGGCGUAGUUCCCAAAUGUAUCCGUGUUGCGUCUCUUUCUUUCUCUAACUCUCCAUCUUGUGUAACAAGUGUCAUAUCGUGUUAGUCCGCUAGGGACUUGUUGCCGUCGUAUUAAGUUUCCAAUCAAUAACCUAUACCAUGUUUGUGUAUCCUAUGUUAUCAUUUAUUUUUUUAGUAAAUAAAUAAUCA